AACAAAAAUAGAAGCAAAACGCUUGUGUCUCUCCAGUGGUUAACAGUGAUUUUUUCUUGCUGUGUUUUCAUUCAUAAAUAUUUUCGAUAAAAAGUAUUAAAAUCAGCAUGCAGGAGUACAACGGCAAGAAGGAAAUCUCGGAGGAACCGCCCAUGAGCCGGCUGUUCGUGAUAUGCGGCCGGCAAAUCACCAAGGAUCAAUUGAUGAGGCACUUCGGUGACGAUGGAGAAAUCGAAGAGUGUGUCGUUAUUGUUGAUAAGAAAACCGGCCAGGGCAAGGGGGUCGGCUAUGUGAAGUUUACAAAAACCUCCUCCGCUGCCCGUGGGUUGCGGAAGAAUGGUUCCUACAUUGAGGGCGAAACCCGGCCGAUUAAGGUGAUGAUUUCUGCAAGCUAUCAGAAAAAGAAGGAGGAUGGCAGUCCGGAAGAGGUAAAUGAGUACAAAUUCCGUCGUCUGUUUGCCGUCCUGCCAAGCUCCAAAAGCGAAGAUGCUAUUAGGGAAGAGUUCAGUGAAUUUGGUAAUCUUACCCAGAUUCGUCUAGUUCCAGACAAGAAGAAUCAGAGUCAGUGUGCAGCAUAUAUUACGUUCAGCUCAUUCCUCGAGGCAGCUUUGGCUAUCGAGGGCUGCAACCCGAGCUACCGUGCGAAAUUUUGCCUGCCACGAGACAAUCUCAAGAAGCAAACAGAGGAAAAAGAAAGCAGCAGCCGGUUUGGAUCCAGCAAUGGGAGCACUCGAAAAAGAACUCACUCCCCGGAUUCGGGACGUCCCGGUGGUGAUGUAAAAUUGGUGGUUAUCUGCAGCAGUUGUUUGAAUCAGGACCGCUUGUGGAGAGUUUUUGAUAUUGCACCAGGAAUGAAGUACUGCAACAUUGUAACGCAAAAUGAUAUUAACACAACCGCCUGCGUUGUCUACUCCAGUCGGGACGAAGCGCAGCGCGCACUGGAUAAAAUUCACGGCCUUGAGUAUCCCCUGGGGGAACGCAUCAUUGUCCGCUUCGAGGAUGAAUUCCGUGAGGAAGUUUGCACAAACGACAUCCUUUCCCAACUGGGCCCACCGAAGCCGAUGCUUAACCAGCAGACGUUCUGCGCUAAAAAGGCAUUCUUUAUCUGCAUGCCGGAAGCCGUGUCAGUAAAACUCUUGCAGGACGCUUUCUGUCGGUUUGGUGAUUUGAUAAAUGUUUAUUUGAUUCCUGGAAAGCGUCACGGUUAUGCCGCAUUUGCAAGCGAAGUUGCGGCCGAUAGAGCGAUCCAGCAGUUGCACGGUUUUCAGCUGGGCGAUUGUCGCUUGAAGGUGCUCGAAUGCAUGGAGCAAAAUGACUCGGCGAAGAGGCAACGGUCCGAUCGUUAAACCGUUUUGAGUGGGUAAGUGCAUUUCUUCACGGGUGACUAAUUACUGCGGAAGAAGUUUUUUUUUUACAUUUUCGUUCCAGAUCUACUGUCGGGAUUACGGUUUGUUCCUCGAGCUCUUCUUUUUCUCUUCUCCGAUUUGUUUCUUUCUUUUCAGCGACGCCAAGCUUCGUUCGCGCAAUCUAACACCCACUCUGUUCUUAAUUUGUAUCAUUCACAGAAUUUUAAACUGAGAACGUCACAGAAAGUAAACGAAAAUAACGGAAAAACUUCAGAAGCGAAAUUUGAAGCAAGCACUUUGAAUAACGAUCUUGUUUCCGAAAGACAGGACACAAAUCUGAGCGGUGUGAAAAGUUUUCGGAAUCGAUUGGACGAUAAUAGUAAUACAUAAAAAUUUACAUCAACUGGAAUGUAGAGAACUUACCAACAUUAACAUAAGCAUUUAUAGCAGCAUCGCAGAAACAGAACGAAGAAUAUCUCGUAAUGGUCAAAUAAAUGGAAAUGAAAAUCUUAAUUACUAUGCAACUGAAUAUAGAACUGCUAGUGGCAACAUUAAAUUAUUUGAACUAAUAAGUACCAGCUUAUUCCACAAACAAAAUAAAUAAUAACCGUCGUAUCUUUAAGUAUUCGUCUAUAAUAUGACUGAAAUAGGAAACAGAGAAAUAAAUAUCAAAAGAAUUAA